AGAGGAAACCCACCAGCUGGUGCAGAUUGAUACCCCAAAGGAUAAAUGGAGUGUGAUCAAGCACACCAGGACGUACCCGACGGACGCCUUUGGCAUCAUUGAGUUCCAGGGAGGAGGAUUCAUCAACAAAGCCAUGUAUAUCCGGGUUUCAUACGACACCAAGCCUGACAACCUACUGCAUUUGAUGGUAAAGGACUGGCAGUUGGAGCUGCCCACCUUGCUCAUCUCCGUACACGGGGGUCUCCAGAACUUUGACCUCCAGCCCAAACUCAAACAAGUGUUUGGCAAAGGCCUGAUUAAAGCGGCCGUCACGACUGGAGCCUGGAUCUUCACGGGUGGAGUUAACACAGGGGUCAUCCGCCAUGUUGGAGAUGCCUUAAAGGACCAUUCCUCUAAGUCACGUGGAAAGGUCUGUGCUAUAGGGAUUGCUCCAUGGGGGAUCCUUGAAAACAAAGAAGACCUAAUUGGAAAAGAUGUAACAAGACCCUAUCAGACGAUGGCAAACCCACUGAGCAAGCUGGCUGUGCUCAACAAUAGCCAUUCCCACUUCAUCCUCACAGACAACGGAACCUGCGGGAAGUACGGCUCUGAGGUCAAACUCCGUAGACUGCUGGAGAAGCACAUCUCUCUGCAGAAGAUCAAUACUCACUGUUUUACAGAGAAAAGAAAGGAUGGAACAAAUGAUUAUUUCUCUCUAUGCAUUCCAGGUUUGGGUCAGGGGGUUCCUCUGGUGUGUUUAAUAGUAGAGGGAGGUCCCAAUGUUAUCUCCAUUGCCCUGGAGAGUCUAAGAGAUGAGCCCCCCAUCCCUGUGGUGGUGUGCGAUGGCAGCGGCCGUGCUUCUGACAUCAUUUCCUUUGCGCACAAAUUCUCAGAGGAUGGAGGGUGAGGUUUCAGUUGAUUUGCCUUUUACACUGAUAUCAAUCCUUUAACACCCCCCCCCCCAAAAAAUAUGUGCUUUUUUAUCCUGUCAUGCAGCCUGGUUAAUGAUGAUGUCAGAGACCAACUUUUAGUGACUAUUCAGAAGACAUUCAAUUAUAGCAAAAGCCAGUCGCAGCAGAUCCUGCUCAUGGUAAUGGAGUGCAUGAAAAAAAGGGAAUUGGUAAGUAGAGGAAGAA